AUGGCGGACGCAGAAUCUCUAAAGUCACUAAAUGGUCUAUUGAAUGGAAUUGCACAAAAAGUAUAUUAUGGCAACACAGACAUUACGGAGGAUUUACUGAAAAAUGAGCUUUACCCCGACUUGUCGCAAGAGGAGUUUCAGGCUUUACAUGAAAAGAUGAGAGGAUUAUUAAAGUCUAUCGCUUCUGCAGAUAUGGAUCAGACUCAGCUGGAGGCUUACCUCACGGCUCAGACACGCAAGCAGGGAGGUGGCGGGGUGACUUCGGACCAGGCGGCGGCUCUCUCGCGGUUCUGGAAGACCCACCGGGCCAGGGUCAGGGAGAGCUUGCUGGGUCAGAGCCGCUGGGAGCCCAGCCUCAGGGGCCUAAGUUGGCGGGUGGACCUCCAGACCUCCAGCAGUAAAGGAGAGUCCUCCAACACCCCCUUGGCUCUGGUGGAGCUGGAGUUGGGGAGGACGGGAGAGGACUCUGAGUUUGUGUGUUUGGAGUUUGACGAGGUGAAAGUGAACCAGGUGUUGAAGAAGAUGGAGGAAAUUCAGCAGAGCAUCGACAGCAUUGUCCACCAUAGCUAGGGCUUGUGUGUGUGUGUGUGUGUGUGUGUGUGUGUGUG